CUCAUAUUUAUUUCUACCACUUGCAUCUGCUCAGAGUCGGACUGUUGUGGAUCAUCAUGGCUAAACGUGUUGCUGUGAUUGGAGGAGGAACCUCUGGGCUGGCCUGCAUCAAAUGCUGCCUGGAUGAAGGUCUGGAGCCCGAGUGUUACGAGACCAGUGAUGACAUUGGAGGACUCUGGAGGUUUAAGGAAAAUCCAGAUCCAGAACGUGCGAGCAUUUACCACUCUUUGAUUAUCAACACUUCAAAGGAGAUGAUGUGUUUCAGUGAUUUCCCCAUUCCUGCCCACUUCCCAAACUACAUGCACCACUCCCUCAUCAUGGACUACUUCCACAUGUACGCUGACCACUUCCAGCUCAAACGGCACAUCCGCUUCCAGACAAAAGUUCUUCAUGUUACACCAAGGCCAGACUUCCCUCACUCUGGACAGUGGGAUGUAGAGACAGAGUCCAAAGAUGGUCGGAGAGAGAAGCAGGUGUUUGAUGCUGUGAUGAUCUGCACCGGACACCACUGUCACCCUCAUCUCCCUCUACAGGACUUUCCAGGAAUAAACACAUUUAAGGGGAAAUACUUCCACAGCCGUGAUUACAAAAACCCUGAAGAAUGGAGAGGGAAGAGGGUAGUUGUGAUUGGCAUUGGGAACUCUGGAGGAGAUAUUGCUGUGGAGCUGAGCAGAAUGGCCAAACAGGUUUAUCUGAGCACCCGAAGGGGAUCUUGGAUAUUGAAUCGUGUAGGAAACAAAGGUUUUCCAGCAGAUAUGAUGUUUAAUAAAAGAGCACUAUGGUUUCUUCGUUUGUUGUCUGUUGGAUUUCUUAACAAAAGGAGAGAAAAACAGCUCAAUAAACGGUUCAACCACAAGCUCUAUGGGCUGCAGCCUGCACACAGAGUUUUCAGUCAACAUCCCACUAUCAAUGAUGACUUACCAAACCGCAUCCUGUCUGGUACCGUCUCAGUCAAGACAAAUGUUAAAGAGUUUCGUGGGUCAAGUGUGGUGUUUGAGGAUGGCACUGUUGAAGAUGACAUUGAUCUGGUGGUGUUUGCCACAGGCUACACUUUCUCAUUCCCCUUCCUGCCUUCACAUUUAAUUCCUGUCUCAAAGAACAAGGUAUCCCUGUACAAAUACGUAUAUCCCCCAGGAUUGGAGUGCCAAACUUUAGCCGUGAUUGGUCUGAUCCAGCCUCUGGGAGCCAUUAUGCCCAUCUCUGAGAUGCAAGCGCGAUGGGCCACACGUGUUUUUAAAGGACUGUGCAAACUGCCUCCAAUGACUGCAAUGUUGAAGGAAAUUAAAGCAAAAGAGGAAGCAAUAGCUAAAAGGUAUGUGGCUGCCCAGAGACACACCAUCCAGGUCGACUACCUCCCCUACAUGGAUGAGUUGGCUAAACAAGUCGGUGUCUGUCCUCCUAUCCUGAAGCUGCUCCUGACAGACCCUAGACUGGCUCUGAACAUCAUCUUUGGGCCCUGCACCCCGUACCAGUUUCGGUUGUAUGGACCGGGACAAUGGGACGGUGCACGUCAGGCCAUCCUGACUCAGUGGGAUCGAAUCACUGAGCCCCUGAAAACACGCUGUACACCAGAGCCGCAGUCACAGCGCUCCUCUCAUUCACUCAUAUUCUCAGUGUCUGUUGCAGCGCUGCUGUCCGCUCUGUAUUACAGCAGAGCCAGUCUGCAUGCACUCAUAGCAGACCCUUCAUCACUCCUGGACAAGAUCAGGGCUUUUGUACCAUUGCCACUGACCACACACUGAUCAUGUAAUGUGAAUCAAAAACAUAACAGAGUUGAUUAGGCUAAAUUAUAACAGUGAAAAAAAUAAGUAGUGUGUGGAAAUUCUUGCAUUCUGUGAAUUUAUACUGAUUUUUAUUCUUGAUUUUUAUACUUUAAGAAUUCCUUUGAUUUAUCAGUAAGUGCCUUAACAAUUGAAAAACAGAUUUUAUUGUAAAAUUGAUUUUAAUGUGUAGUUUAAGUUUUUUAAUUUAAGUUUUGUAGUAGUGUAGUUUUGUCUGUAAUUGUUUUAGUUGUUGAAAACCAGCAUGCACCAUAAAUGAUCCAAUGAAAAGAAAUGUAUAGAUAUACUUUUUCAGCACUACACAAGCGAUUUAAACCACUGAGAGCGUAUUAAAUUAUUUUCAAGUAAUAUC